CUAUGGAGCUGGGUGCUGGCUUGUUGUCCGUGUUCUCCGUGCUUAUACUGGGCGCCCUGCGGGCUGGGGUGGCACAGGAGCUGCAAAGCCCACCCAACAGGAUAGCUAUCGUCGGAGCGGGAAUCGGAGGAUCAUCUGCUGCUUAUUUCCUGCGGCAAAAAUUUGGCAAAGAUGUCCAGAUCGAUGUGUUUGAGAAGGGAGAGGUGGGAGGGCGUCUGGCCACGCUGGAAAUUGGUGGUGCCGAGUACGAGGCUGGGGGGUCCAUCCUGCACCCCCUCAAUCUACACAUGAAAACGUUUGUUAAAGAGCUGGGUCUCUCCGUCCGCAUGCGCAGCGACGGCCUGGGUGGAAUUUAUAAUGGAGAGGAAUUUGUUUUCCAAGAGAGUAGCUGGUUUAUUAUCAAUUUCGUCAAAAUGCUGUGGUAUUAUGGGCUGAAUUCUCUGCGCAUGUACACGUGGGUAGAGGACAUGCUGGAUAAAUUUGCACGGAUAUACAGCUAUCAAAACCUGGACUAUUCGUUUUCCACCGUUGAACGUUUACUUCAUUCUUUGGGGGGCGACGACUUCACAACGAGGUUAAACACAUCGAUAGAAGAGACCAUGCUGAAUUCCGGCUUCUCCGUAAAGUACAUUAACGACAUAGUUUACCCUGCCAUGGGUGUCGAUUUUGGACAGGGUCUCAAAAUUAAUGGCUUUGUAGGGACACUAACUUUGGCGGGCACUCAUUCCGGCCUCUGGUCAGUGGAAGGUGGAAACAAGCGUGUUUGUAGCGGUCUCAUUCGUGCCUCGGACUCCAAACUAAUUAGUGGCGCCGUCACCUCAGUGGAAGAGAAGAGUCUUCCUAAACAUAUCGGAAGCGGAGAGCACCUAUACGAACUGAGUUAUGAGACCAGUGCUGGGCCGCAAGCGGACUUGUACGAUAUAGUGGUCAUGGCAACGCCACUCAACAAGCCUGUUUCCAAUAUACGGUUUUUGGGCUUCCACCCACCUAUAGAAAUAAUGUCCAAGGUCUACCAUCAAACAGUGGCUACUUAUGUUCACGGGAAGAUUAAUGGUUCUUUCUUUGGAUGUCCUCAGCCUUGUCAGCUUGAAUUAUCUGACAUUAUAACCAAUAACCCCAAGCUGUUCUUCAGCAGCAUUGGUGCUGUGUCUCCUGUUAAAGCCACGACUGAAUCUGAAGCUUCCCAGCCCACUGGUCUGAAAGUGUGGAAGGUCUUCUCUCCAGAGCCUCUGACAAAAGAUCAGCUGAAGCUGCUGUUUGAGUCUUAUGAAGCAGUUAAUGAAAGAAAGUGGCUGGCGUAUCCUGAGUACAGCCCUCCAGAAAAAAUGCCUCCCGUUAUACUCCAUGAUAGGAUCUACUAUGUUAACAGCAUUGAACUGGCAGCCAGCGCCAUGGAGAUGAGCGCCAUCUCUGCCAAGAACGUGGCUCUGCUUGCCCAUCAUAGGUGGUACGGUAAGGAUGGACAGAUUGACCAGCAAAACCUAGAAGAGCGACUGAAGUCUGAGCUGUAAGCGUCCGCAUCCAACAGUAGUUAAUAACGUGCACUCGCAUAGCUCAAACAUCAGA